AUGGCGGCCAUGAUCAAGAAUGAAGCCGAUGGUGUCAGUGGCGGCGGCAGCACCACCAGCACAUCACCGGGUACUAUUGCUGCUCCUGUGAACCAGCAGGACAUCGAGAAGUAUAGGUGUGGUGAGAAAGACGAAAUCAGUGACGACCUAGAGGCGGGACGAAAAGAGGAGGAGGAGGAACACCAUCAUUGGACCACGACGCCGUCAGGUCAGGAUGACGUGCCAGACUCUGUCUAUGACAGAUUCUCCAACCAACGAAAGCUGGUCAUCGUCGUCUUGCUAUCCUUCUGCUCGUUCCUGGCGCCCAUCUCGUCGACCACUGUACUCUCAGCCACGCCAGAGGUGGCCGCCGAGUUUCAUACGACGGGGUCUGUUGUCGAUGUUACCAAUGCGCUCUAUAUGCUGUUCAUGGGCAUCUCACCCAUUGUGUGGGGUCCCUUCAGCGAGGUCUGGGGGAGAAAAACCAUCACAUGUGUUACCGCAUUCCUCUUCUUUGCCUGCAGUAUCGGAACAGCCCUGGCUCCGAACCUGGCUGCCUUCUUCAUCUUUCGUAUCCUGACAGCAUUCGAGGGCACGGCCUUCCUCCUCGUCGGCUCGGCAUGUCUUCAAGAUAUCUAUCGCCCAACAGAACGGGCCACAGCCAUGGGCUGGUUCUUGAGCGGCACACUGAUCGGUCCUGCCAUCGGACCUUUUGUCGGCGGCAUCAUCGUCACUUUCACCUCCUGGCGCGUUAUUUUCUGGGUACAGACAGCCCUGUCCGGUGUCGCGGCGCUGGGUGCCUUCUUCCUCCUCCCGGAGACGAUCCAUCAUAAGAAGUAUGACGACCUUCGGGGCUUGAGCAGGAAGAAGAAGGCAGCCGUGCUGGGAAGCAUGGUGAACCCGUGGAAGGUGCUGAAGUUGAUGUUUACCUAUCCUAACCUCUUACUCGCGGGAAUUGCCACCGCGUCCCUCGUCUGGAAUAUGUAUUCCCUCCUCACGCCAAUCCGCUACGUCCUCAACCCGCGCUUCCACCUCACGUCGCCGAUGCAGUCAGGUCUCUUCUACCUUGCCCCCGGCGCAGGCUACCUGACGGGGACCUUCAUGGGCGGCCGAUACGCCGACCACAUCGUUCGAAAGUACACCAGGCUCUCGCAAGCCCGGAUUCCCGAGGAUAGGAUGCGUUCCGCGCUGCCUUUCCUCGGUGUGGCCAUCCCGGCGUGCGUACUGGUGUACGGGUGGGCGGUAGAAAAGGAUGUGGGCGGGAUUGCCCUGGUUGUGGUGACGCUGUUCUUGCAGGGGGUCGCGCAGCUCUUUUGUUUUCCCAGCCUCAACACGUACUGCCUGGAUGUGAUGCAGGGCCGCGGGAGCGAUGUCAUUGCUGGCAACUACUUUAUGCGGUACCUCUUCGCCUGCAUGGGCACUGCCGUCGUCCUACCCGCCAUCGAAAGGGUCGGCGUCGGCUGGUUCAGCACCAUCAGCGCCGCCUUCUUGGUAGUGAGCGCACUGGGCACGUGGGCUACCAUCAUUUGGGGCCAAGGGCUCUGGGAAGAAGAACAGCAACAACAAUAA